AUGGCAACGAAUCGCACUUUGAUCGCCACAAAGAACCGUCUCCUCCAUUCCCUCAACAACACUCGUCUCACCCCCUCCACCCGCCCAUCCUGCCCCUGCCACCAAUCAUACCGUCACCUUCACUUUCACCAACACCGCAAUCCCACUCUCCCGUCUGUGGCAGUAGUAGGCGGUGGUGCCCGCUUCUCGACAAGCUCAAUCGCAUCUAAGCCUACCGUUAGCGCGCCUGUCGCCUCACCCGCCGUCCCCUCGACUCCUUGCUCAGCACCUGCUGUCUCUGUUCGUAAGGGUGGCCCAGCCUCGAACUCAAGAGUCAAUGGAGCCACUGUUGCAGCGGUCGUGAACAGUCGACCUGCCGUUGCUGCUGCUCUCCCGUUCUCGUAUGACCCUACUGGACUCUCUGGUCAAGCCGCCAAGAAGCCUUCGUGCGAUAACCUGAACUUGAAGAACUCUUUCUACCGCCGCAAGCUGCCUGAACAUCUCAUCAGUUUUACCAGUCCCGAAGGAAAGCAGCUGUUUCGAGAGAUGCUGAGCGAAGGAUAUGGCAAUUUCACAACACAGAGCGAGCCUGCAUAUUGUGGACCAAGCUCACUGGCGAUGGUGCUCAAUUCGUUGGAGGUCGACCCACAGCGCCAAUGGAAGGGCGCUUGGAGAUGGUACAGCGACGAGUUGCUCGAAUGCUGUGCUCCAGCAGAACAGGUCAAGGCCAAAGGGAUCACGUUCAACCAAUUUGCCUGUCUGAGCAAGUGCCAUUGCGACGUGCAAGUCCGCCGUGCCAAUCAGGUCUCCCUCGAGCAGUUCAAGCAAGAUCUGGAGAUGGUCUGCAGUCGAGAUGAUAUCCAUAUGGUUGUGUCCUUCUCGAGGAAGGCUCUUGGACAGACUGGAGAUGGCCACUUCAGCCCCAUUGGUGGAUAUGUUCCCGAGGCAGGAAUGGUUCUGGUCUUGGAUACUGCCCGGUUCAAGUACCCAUCGUACUUUGUCUCGGUCGAGAAGCUCUGGCAGUCGUUGUUCCCUGUUGACGCCGAAACGGGAUCCUCUCGUGGAUACUUUCUCCUGUCAGCCAACCCCGACCAGCCCGCUAUCUCAUUGUGCAAGAUCCCAAAAACUGCAUCGUCCACCUUGACAGCGACCGCAAAGGACUUGGAGAAACUCAACUUGAACAGUACAGGAACAGCAACAGCACCAUCAGCAGAGGAGAUUCUUGGGGAUGCCAAGAACGCGACGGCAGCAUCAGCAUCAACUACUACACCCGUCAGCACAUGCUCAUCAGGAGCAGCUACCUUGAGCAAUACGACAGCACAUACGAUCGACAACAAGAUGAGCUGGACUUCGUUGGCACAGACAUUCUGCAAGGACCUUCCCAGCAGGAUGCAGAUUGACAACCCCCAGACCCUCAACCGGAUGAUCUCCGUUGUCCUCCAAGGAGUCCCCCGCGAGUAUGCGUUUUGGAUCAGUCAACAGCAGGCACAUCGUCUCCGGGACACCACCGAGUUGAUUGAAUCGAUCCGUUCGACCAAGCUGUACACGCUCGUUUCCUCCGCCUUCCCGGCUCCUGUGUUCUCAGGAGACGAUUCGCAGUCACAGGAAGCCAGACUGGCAAGACAGCAGCAUGAGGGGGCUCUGGUGUUUGGGACCUUGUUCCUUAUGAGUUCUCCCAGCACCUUAUUCCUGACCUUACCAGGUGAGGUCGGCCGUGAAUUCGAGCAGCUCCGUAAGGUCGCCUUUGUGAACAAUGGUGUUGACGAGCACCGGGUCUUGAAGGAGGAGGUUGAGAGGAUGCGGUUGGGUAUUGUUGACCUCGUCAACAGCUUCUGUUGCUGUGGGACCAACACUACUGCAGCACCUGAAGGAACCGCUUGA